GGAGCCCCUGUCCCGCAGGUGAAGCGGAAGCUGAAUCUGGAGACGGACCACCAGUACAUCGCCGAGAGCCUGCCGGCGGCACGCGGCAAGCCCAGGAACCCCGGCAAAGGGGCGAAGUCUCCUGGGGAGAAGUCCCGCUACGAAACCUCGCUGAACCUCACCACCAAGCGCUUCCUGGAGCUGCUGAGCAAGUCGCCCGAUGGCGUGGUGGACCUCAACUGGGCGGCCGAGGCGCUGAAGGUGCAGAAGAGGCGAAUCUACGACAUCACCAACGUCCUGGAGGGCAUCCAGCUCAUCACCAAGAAGUCCAAGAACAACAUCCAGUGGCUGGGCAGCCAGGCCACCGCGGGGGCCUCCAGCCAGCAGCGGCUGCUGGAGAAGGAGCUGCGGGAGAUGCAGGCGGCCGAGCGGCAGCUGGACGACCUCAUCCAGACGUGCACGGUGCAGCUGCGGCUGCUCACCGAGGACCCCGCCAACCAGCACGCAGCCUACGUCACCUGCCAGGACCUCCGGAGCAUUGUGGACCCCUCCGAGCAAAUGGUGAUGGUUAUCAAAGCCCCCCCGGAGACCCAGCUCCAGGUCUCAGACCCGACGGAGGCAUUCCAGGUCUCCGUGAAAAGCACUCAGGGCCCCAUUGACGUGUUCCUCUGCCCCGAGGACAGCUCGGGGGUCUGCAGCCCCGUCAAGAGCCCCUUCAAAGCGCCCACGGAGGAGCUGUCCCCCGGCUCGUCGCAGCCCAGAGCCUCCCCUCUCCUGCAUCCCGCCCAGGACGUGAACAUGCCGCUGCUGCCCGGCGAGCAAGAGGCCCUGCUGCCGGGCGCAAGCGUGCUGCCCGCCAAGUGUCCCGCUGAGGAGGUGAGCCUCUCGCCGCUGGCCUCCAUGGACGCCCUCCUGGAGCAGAGCAAGGACGAUUUCUCGGGCUUCUUGGCGGACGAGUUCAUCGCCCUGUCGCCGCCGCAGCCGCAGGAUUACCACUUCGGCCUGGAGGAGGGCGAGGGCAUCAGCGAGCUCUUCGACUGUGACUUUGGGGACUUCACGCCCUUGGACUUCUGAGGCAGGCGGCUGCCCGCGUCCGAGCGCAGCCGCCGAGGGUGAGGCCCCCCCGCUGCGAAGGGGCCGUGGGGCAGAGCCGGGGACGGCCACCCUGUGCCCCCCGCACCUGGCGCGGCUCUGCCUUUGCGUGGGUUCUGGUGCCUUUCCUGGGGGUGUCCCUCGGCGGUGCAGUGGCCACAGGCCCUCUCGCCACCCCCCCCUGCAAUAUUUCCUUCCCCUCCAGCACCUCGCCACGGUGCGAGCAAGCCCAGUGCCGCUCAGGGCUGCUCUGGUCCUGGGGGGGGGGGAUGCCGGGGUGCAAGGGGGGGGC